CUGUGUUUUUCCGGUGCUGUUCUGACUGUUGUCGUCUCUUUUGUCGCACAUUGUGUUGCUUUCCCCAAGGAUGGUCGCUUUCAGAAGACUUUAUCGCAGUUUCUCCCGCCUGGCAAAAGCUGCAGCACAAAAACAGUACAAGAAAUAUGACAAAUGGUGCAUCAUAGGAGGUGGCGUAAUGACGGACAACAAGAGCCAGGCAGUGUCAGAUGGAGAGUUGAACAUGUCUGCACGGGGCUGUGGAGGCAGCAGCUCCAGCCUUCCAGGUACUCCAGGCGGAGAGUCUGGCCCUGCCAACAGUGUGCUGAGCUGGGCUGUCUCCUUUGAGAAGCUGUUGGAGGACCCUUGUGGGGUCCGUUACUUUACGGCGUUCUUGAGAUCUGAGGUGAGUGCAGAGAACAUUUUAUUCUGGCAAGCUUGUGAGAAGUUCAAAAGGAUUCCAGCCAACUCCUUGGAUGAGCUGAAAGCAUCAGCUUGCUCCAUCUACAACACGUAUCUGUCUGACAAUGCUCCCUACUCCGUCAACAUCGAUGAUACAGCCAAGACAGAGGAAAAGGUUCUGGAACAGCCCACACCUGACAUGUUCAACAAAGCUCAAGCACAGAUAUUUAAGCUGAUGAAGAUGGACAGCUACAGGCGUUUUGUGCGCUCUCCUCUCUACCAGAACUGUACCUUGGCAAGUGUAGAAGGCAAACUUCUACCUCAGAUCUCUACAGAGCCUGUCCGCAUGGGAUCCUGGGAGGACGUGGGCACCAGAAGCCCCUUAAGUGACAAGAAGAACAAGAAGUUAAACUCCAACAGCUUGCCAGGUGGUAAAAGUGCCUCAGAGAAACAGCGACAGAAAAGAGGAUCUUGGGGAGAUGCAUCCAACAUUCAUGGUUCAGGCCCCCAGAAAGAGUCCCAUAUGUCAGUCAAGUCAACCAGCAGUGUGGAGCUUGGCUCCAUCUACAGGCAGAUAGAGAAUGGCGGAGCGAGUCCUCGCACCCCUGAACAGGCUGGUGGAUUUGGGAGUCGUAUUGGUGUGGAAGGGGGUUACUGCUGUGUCUUCCUGCCCGAUGGCAGUGCCUCUCUGGCCCCCACACCUAAUGGGCAACCUAUCAAAGACAUGCUGGCCAGCCUGUGUGAGAAGAGAGGCUUCCCACUGAAAGACGUCAUCAUUUACCUUCAAGGCAAGGACAAGCAACCCUUAUCGCUGGACCAGGACUGCUCAGUAUUGAGAGAUCAGCAGGUUUCUCUGGAGCUCAGAGUGAUGUUUGCGCUGGAGAUUGCCUUCACUGGUAAGACGGUGGGUAUCAUGGUGAAGUCUAGUAAGACACUGCAGGACGCCCUUUCUGCGGUGAUGCAGAAGCACCAUCUCAAGCCGCAAGAGGCCGUGAUCACCAUGGUUGGAAGUGACGAGCCUGUGAACAUGAACAGCAUCGUGUUCAGGCUGGCCAAUAAGACGAUACGACUUGACAGGACCAAAGGUAAAGACCAGGCCAACAUUUCCAGAGGCAGUGGUUCCUCUGUAGCUUCGCAGGCCGAUGCCUCUGGACAUCACCAAAUUCCAGAUUACAAAGCAUCAACAUUGCAGGCAGGAGCGGGUAGAGCAGGUCUGGAGACUCGAUCAUCGCAGACGGACAGAGCCAAGAAUCAGCUUAGGCCCGGUAGGAACCGCGAUAUGGACGGUCUUCUGGACAUGCUAUCGAGGGCUCAGUGCUCCAGGGUUGAUGACCAGCGAGGCCUUCUGACCAAAGAGCAGCUGGAGGUUCCUUCAUUCCUGCAGCUUCCCUCAGAUCAAGAACAGGAGACGGACGAGCCCAGUACAAGCAGCUCCUCCACUGCUGACCCCAAGGUGGAAUCGGAGGAGAAGAUAUCAUCUACUUCAAGUUCAGGUGGAGCUGUGAAGGAAACCCCUGAUAUUAAUGAACCAGAAUCCAAAGACUUGAGGGAAACCACUGUUUGAAAGAGGUGUUUGUGGGAUGGACUACAAUAAACAUCUCACAACAAAGAUGGAAACUUAUUACUAAUUGACAAGCACUUUUUUUUAUAACAGUUUAUGAAUAAGCUCUGAGACAGCAGUGUGCUACCAUCUCUACUGCUGAUAUUUGAUCUUUUAAGGCAAUAUGUAAAGAAGAAAGAUCAUUGCAAACAUUUAUAGUGUCAUUUCAGAACACUACAGAUCCCUAUGAAAAUGUUUGCUAUGAAUUGUACAAAGAAUUUUAGGUCAACAUUUCAACCUAAAACGUGUUUUAAAUAUUGUUUAACAAGUGUUUUUUCCUGGUGUUUAAUGCUGUACAGUUGGAUUUACUGUUCACAUCGCUUUUGUUUUUCACAAUCUAACUUUGUGUUGAUGUUUUUCUUUUAACUCUAACCCAAAAAAUGUACCUGCUCAGAAACUGUGACCAUCCAGAAGGGGUUUUGAAAGUGUUUUGCACAAUUAAGUUUUCUUAAUUUCAACCCAGAUUGUUAGUAUUUUGUAUAAACAAGUUUUUAAUAUUUUAAAUUACUGUCUUGCAUUUGUGUGUUUUCUUGCUAUUUUGAAAUGUGUGUUUGGUUUGCUGUGAUUGCACCUUGCAAAGUUCUGGUCAAGUCCUGCUUUUUUGUCACCUCAGACUAUAUCUCAGGGUUCAGAGAAUUAAAUAGCAAUGUGAUAUUACAGGGAGUGAGACAGUUGCUGUGAUAAUUACAUAUAUGCCACAGGUUGUAUCUAAAGAAUUAAAGGGAAGAAAUGAAGAAAUGUGA